GACUGGUGCAGCUACGGUUGCAGAGUAAAUAAGCGGACUUCUUCAUCAAAGUGUUGUUGUCCUACUAUAACAUUAAUAUUAUGAAGUUCAAAAGAAUGAAAAUCAACAUUUAGAAAGUUUAAGUGGAGGACAAUUCGGUAAUUAUUCAGGGACAUGACUAACUAUCGCCAUCACACGGAGAGUUUAGGAGUUUAGGACAGCACAUGGAAAAGCAGACAUCACAUGCAUGUAAUUCAUCCGAUUGAUACGGAGAUUACCUGUAUAACAAUUUGCAAUUAAAUCAAGGUCACAUUUUGUAAAAAAGGACCAAAAAAAUAAAAUGGUGGAAGAGAAAUUAGAUUUGACUAAUAUGGAGAAUGAUUUUGUGUCUUCGCCAAAGAGUGGUCAAGAAAUGGAGCUGAUAUUUAACCAUGUAAAUGUGACCAUCAAUAAAAGACAGAUUCUAAAAGAUGUAUCUGGUAUUGCUAAAGCAGGAUGUUUAACUGCUAUAAUGGGACCCAGUGGAGGUGGGAAAACUACACUGUUAAAUACAUUAGCAGGAAGAUUCCCAUCUACAUCAGGGGAGAUAACUCUCAAUGGUUGUUCUGUCUCCAAAUCGAUGAGAAGGAAAGUGUGUUAUGUACUACAGCAGGAUGUUUUCUUCCCAAACUUAACUCUAAGAGAAACUUUGUCAUUUACUGCAAUGAUCCGUCUACCAGACAAAAUGCCAAAGGUAGAGAAAGAAAGAAGAAUGGAACAACUUAUAGAUGACCUUGACCUCAGAAAAUGUUUAGACACAAUUAUUGGAGAUGUUUGGCUGAGAGGGUUAUCUGGUGGAGAGAAGAAAAGAGCAAACAUUGCCUGUGAAUUAAUAACUGACCCUGUUAUGAUACUUUUAGAUGAACCAACAUCAGGUCUUGAUUACAGUACAGCCUUUGGUUUGAUACAAAUUUUGAAGACAUAUGCCAAAGACCACAAUAAAACUGUUGUCACAACCAUACAUCAGCCAUCCAGUUUUAUUUUCUAUCAGUUUGACAAUCUAUUACUGCUAUCUGAUGGAGAGGUUGCUUAUUUUGGGAAGACAGGAGAGGUCAUAGAUUUCUUCAGCAAUGCUGGUUUCCCUAUGGAGCCUCAUUAUAAUCCAGCAGAUUUUAUUUUAGAGAAACUGAAAGAAGACGAUAAUACCAGACAACAGAUUGUUAAUGCUGCAUACAAGCUAAGAAAUACAGAUUCCUGGCCAAAAGAACUGAAAACUUCUAGAACAGGGAAUAUGACUGAUGAACAGAAAAAAUACCAAAAAGUCAAACAGAAAAAUGGAAGUGAAUCCUAUGAAUCAGACAGCGUUCACAUUAGUUUAAUGGAGAUUCCUGAAUCUGAUCAAGUUGAAACAAAUUCUAAUGAUCCAAAAUGGCCGACUGGAUUUAUUACACAGUACACACAGCUGACAAUCAGAACAUUUAGACAAUCAAAAGCUCUUAUAUUCAAUAAGUUUAAGAUUAUAGAGACUGUAGUUAUGACUGUAUUAUUGAGUUUGAUAUGGUUUCAGUUACCAAGGAUUGAGGAGACACUUCGUGAUAGGAUGGGUGUGAUAUUUUACCUUGGGAUGACAUUUGGAUUCACACCCCUGUUUGAUACCAUCACUUCUUUUCCAUCAGAAAGAAUGGUUAUAAACAAGGAGAGGUCAGCAGGAUGGUACAGAUUGUCAGCCUAUUACCUGGCCAAAAUGACCAGUGAAAUUCCAUUAAUACUCAUACAGCCAAUAUUGUUCAUUACUGUUGUGUAUUGGUGUGUAGGACUCAAUGGUGUAACAGCUUUCUUUGCCACUAUAGGGACAUUGAUCAUUCAUGCUAUUGCUGGCCAGAGUAUAGGUUUAUUCCUUGGUAUAGUUUGCAUGGAUAUAAGAAAAGGAAUGAGUUUAGCUACUGUUUGCAUUAUGGGUAUUAUGUUACUAGGAGGAUUUUAUACUCGUAGCUUGCCACCAUGGUUGACCUGGAUAAAAUACAUAUCAUUCCUCAAUUAUACAUUUAAUUGUUUAUUAUAUCUGGAAUUCCAUAAUAGUGCUCCAUUCUCGUGUGCUGCCCCAUCCAAUAAUAUAUCAGGAUCCCACUUUACCACAUGCUUACAGUCUAAUUCAACGAUGAUUCCGUCAGAGGAUAUACUAAAAUACUAUAACAUAGAUUUGGAGUACUGGCAAUACAUAAUGCCUCUAUUUAUAUAUAUUGUUGUGUUUAGGAUUGCAGGAUACUUAGUACUUAGAUUUAUACAGAAACCACAUUUACACUAAAAUCAUUGUUAUAUGCAGGGUACUAAGUACUUAGAUUUAUACAGAAACCAUGUUGACUCUUGAAUCAUUCUUAUAAUGCAACAUUCCAUUUAUCAUAGAAGUUAUUUAUUCUAUAGG